AAAUUCUGCAGCUAUCAUUUGAGGCUUUGAGCCACUCAAAUUUUAUCUUGGGUACAAACUGUAUCUUAUAUGCUUUACCCACGCAUAUUUGUGUUAUCUCAUUAGUAUUUUUUUUGCAGUGCUUUUGCAGCUUGUUGCCUGUCUGCCAUUGAAAGCUUUCAGAUCAUAUUUGCAAAGUACAAACGAGAAUACAGUAGAUAUGGCUUAUGCAAGUGUGGCUUCUCUCAUGAGAACAAUUGAACUUCUCUUGACAUCCUCUUGGUCAUCGCAAUCUCUAAUCUGUGAUCACAGAGAAGAAUUUCUGCGUCUUCAUGAAAAACUGGAAGUAUUUCUCAAAAACUUUGAGAAAAGCAAUGUUUCUGGCGAAAUGACAGAUUUGGAAGUAAUAAAAGAAGUUGCAAAUGAUGUUGAAUACACAAUUCAACUGAGACUAACAGAAACUGUAAAGGGACAAAAUAAAAGCCAGAAAAGAAAGGCACGUCGAAGGUUUCGUCAAAGCCUGCAACGGAUAGCAGGGGACAUUGACCGUGUCUUGAAAGAGUCAACAAAGAUUCAAGAUAAAGGCAAACACUCAUCUAAGAAAUCAUUGGUUCAAGAUUUUUCAAGUUCAGCAAAAGAUAUUCUGAAUGUUAAGAACAAUAUGGUUGGACGGGAUGAUCAAAGGAAAAGGUUGUUAGAAGAUCUGACUAGAGACUUCUCUGGUGAAACCAAAGUCAUUCCAAUCAUUGGGAUGGGAGGCAUUGGAAAAACAACUUUAGCAAAAGAAGUUUACAAUGAUGAGUACAUUCGUUCUCGUUUUGAUGUCCGUGCCUGGGCUACUAUAUCUCAACAGCACAAUGUAAAGGAAAUCUUGUUGAGCCUUCUGCGUUCUACAGCUGGUGACUCAUUCAACAUGGACGAUGAGCAAGAGCUCGCAGGCAUGCUACAAAAAAGUUUAAAGAGGAGGAGAUAUUUAAUUGUGUUGGAUGACAUGUGGAGCGAUAAAGCAUGGGAUGACGUGAGGCAAUGCUUUCCGAUUGAAAACAAUGAGAGUCGAAUACUGUUGACUACCCGUAACACUAAAGUAGCUAAUUCUGCUGGUACAGAGAAUCUUUCUUUGGAGAUGGGUUUCAUGGAUCCGGAUGAGAGUUGGAACCUUUUUGGAAGUAUUGCAUUUGCAAAUGAAGCAUUACCAUCUGAGUUUGAGUCUAUUGGGAAGCAAAUUGUUUACAAAUGUCACGGGUUACCACUAACUAUUGCCGUGAUUGCUGGGCUUCUGUCCAAAUCAGACAAGACAAUAGAAGAUUGGGAAAGUGUUGCAAAAGAUGUCAAGUCAUUUGUGACAAAUGAUCCAGAUAAACAAUGUUUACAUGUGCUCGCAUUGAGUUACAAUCACUUGCCCAAUCACCUAAAAGCAUGUCUUUUGUAUUUUGGUACUUUUCCAGAAGACAGUGAUGUUCCAGUGAAGAAAUUGGUGAGAUUAUGGAUGGCGGAGGGUUUUCUGAAGCCGAAAAAAGACUUGGAAGGGGAGGCUGAGAAGUGUGUACAAGAUCUUGUUGACAGAUGUCUUGUUCUCGUCAGCGAGAAAAGUAGGGAUGAAUCAAAAAUUAAAUCAUGUAAGGUUCAUGAUCUAAUACAUGAGUUGUGCUUGAGAGAAGCUAAAAGCCAAAAUAUUUUUGUCAUGAAAGACAUUGCAAAUGAUGACAGUCGAUAUUAUAGGACACUUCUUACCCCUGGACAUCAUCAUUGGAUGAGGUGGCAGACAGACGAUGAAGGCAACAAUCUCUCGAAUCGAACCCGUUCAUUUUUCGUUAUUCCUAAACGAUUUACAAGUUGUACUCUCGAACCAACGCUUAAUCAUUUCAAUUUACUCAGAAUCUUGGACUUGAGCCGCACAUUGAUCGAAAACUUCCCUCCUGAGAUACUGUGCCUCAUUUGGUUGAGGUACCUUGCAAUGUGCGGGCAUAUUCACAUACCUUCAGAAAUUUGCAGGUUAUGGAAUCUGCAAACAUUCAUUGUUAAAACUAACGAUUGGGCAUCUAGAAAUGUUUCAGAGACAAUUUGGGAACUGAAGCAAUUAAGGCAUCUGGAACUCAGAAUAUUAUAUUUGCCAAAUCCCCCAAGUGUAUCUGUUGGUGAAGAGAGACACUUAAAUUUUCCAAACAUAAAAACUAUUUCUGGUUUGUCUCUUAGUAGUUGCACAAAGGAGGUUAUUUCAGGGAUUCGGAAUGCUAAAAAGUUAGAAAUCUUUGGAUAUUCAGAUGACUAUGAAAGUUGUAAAGAAUCUAGACUUCUCGAAAAUCUUGUCCAUCUACAUCAACUUGAAACAUUGGGGUUUUCUAGACCAUUACUAAGUGCAAAAUAUUUUCCAGCAACGCUCAAGAAGUUAAAGUUGUGUGGAACUAAACUAAGGUGGGAGGAGUUGAACAUCAUAGGUGAGAUACCUAACCUUGAGGUGCUGAAGCUGAGAUGUGACGCUGGUGAGGGCGGAGAAUGGCAUCCAAUUGCAGGUGGAUUUACUCGAUUGAAGCUUUUGCUAAUUUUCUUGAGUGAUCUCAAGUACUGGAAAGCCACGAAUGACAAUUUUCCUGUCCUUGAGCGCCUUGUGAUUAGAUUAUGCAUAUAUUUGAAAGAGAUACCCAUUGAGUUUGCAGAUAUUUAUUCACUGCAGCUAAUAGAGUUAGAUGAGUGUAAACCCAAACUCGUGGCUUCUGCUGAACGAAUUCAACAAGAACAAGAAGAUCUCGGAAACAAACCUGUGGAUGUUCGUAGCUCCCAUACUUGGGCAGGGGUUUCUUCUUCUGAUGAUGAUGAUGAUAUUGAAGAAGAUGAAGAUGAAGAUGAAGAUGAAGAUGGUGAUGAUGAUACGACUUAUUUUGCUCCUAUUGAUGAUUAUGAUGAUGAAGACGAUGAUGAUGAUGAUGGUGAUGGUGAUGAUGAUAGCGGUAAUGUACUAAGAAAAGGGAAACUCUAAAUUAAUAAUUUGAGACUAGUGAUGCUAGUUUAUUGAUAUUGUUUUUUAUAUGUAAGUGUGUUUCGUUUUUCCUUUUUAAAAGAGUACUGUGAAAUCAUGUAUCCGCAUUUACAACUCAUUUCUCCGAAAUAAACCCUAGUUGAGAUGUAAAAUAUAAGCAUUUUACUUCGCUAGGCAUGAAUUACUAGUAAAUAUAGUUUUGACAAUUCAUACCAAGUAUAAAUAGUUCAUUGUGCCUCCAAAUUUUCAA